UUACUUCUCAUGCAAUCACUUUUUCAUUUCUCCCUAGGCAUCUCCCAGGUGAACAAGACAGUCAACGAUAUUGCAAUUCUACCCUGCGAUUACAACAUUUCCACUCUUGAGCUGGCAAAAACACGUAUCUACUGGCAAAAGCAAAAUGACAUGGUGCUGUCUGUCAUAAACGGGAACGUAAAGGUGUGGGAGAAGUAUGAGAAUCGCACCAUCGCUGACUUCAGCAAUAACCAUUCCAUUGCCAUCUUGGGUCUCCGCCUGUCUGACAAUGGCACCUAUACCUGUAUCAUUCAGAAGUCAAACGGAGGGUUAUACAAAUUGGAACAUCGGGUCAACGUGAAACUACUGGUCAAAGCCUACUUUCAUGUGCCCAGUAUAACUGACCUUGGAAAUCCAUCUCCGAAGAUCAGAAGGAUACAAUGCGAGACCUCUGGGGGCUUUCCAGAACCUCACCUCUCCUGGGUGGAAAAUGGAGAAGAGUUAACUGCUGCCAACACGACAGUUUCUCAAGACCCCAAAACUGAGCUUUACGUAAUUAGCAGUGAACUGGAUUUCAAUGUGACAGACAACCACAGCUUCAUGUGUCUUGUCAAGUACGGAAACUUGCAAGUGUCACAGAACUUCACCUGGCAAAAAAGUAAGUGA